GGGACGAUGAUGUCCUCAGACUAAUUCUUUCCUGUCAAAGCCUGGGGAAGUUUAAACAUAAGUAGAAGACGCCCACCUGCUACUAUGUCUAAACAGGAACAAGGCACGUCACUCGUCAAACCGGAGGUCAAGCAAMGACCUGAGGUCUCUUUCCGAUCCUUGGUGCAAAGCAGCUCCGGCUCUCCUGCCGACAGAGACAACGCUUCAGAACCUUCCGAAGGGAAAGUCAAAGACAUGGUGAACAUGUUUAGGCAGCAGGAGUCCAAAGAACUGGAGGAGCACGCCACUAUUUGUUUGUCAGAGCCCCUGACAGGCAGCAAAAAGCCCCCCGCGGUGAAGCCCAAGCCGGGCCGCGUCAGCUCUUCUCCUCAGCCGAAGCCAGAGGAGCUGCCGCCGCUGCCCAAGAAGAGGAGCCGCGUCCCGAACAAACAGAACAGAAGCGUGGAGGGAGUGGAGCCCAAAGGUGCGAGCGCAGGAGGGCGAUCAGAACCUGAUGGGAAGGAGGUGGAGGCCGAGGAGACGGGAGGCGGCGAAGCAGAGGCGUCUCUCGCUUCUUGCUCGGGUCAGAGCUGCAGCUGCCUGUGCCACCUCCAGCGACCUGGAAUGAUGCUGAUCUGGGUGCCCGUGGACGUGGAGUCAGCCGGGGAGGAGAACAACCACGUGAAGAGACAGACGCCGAAGAACGGCAAGAGGAGCGAGGAGGCGGAGCAGGGAGGAAAAGUUGACGGCAAGGCCAAAGAUGAGGCGGAGAGUGCUUCCGUAAAGGAGAAACCGGGUACGAAAUCAAAUGUACCAGAUUACCAGGACUGUUUGCCUUCAAAGGAGGAGGCCAGCAGUCCUCCUGUAAAAGAGAAACACGGGACAAAACAAAAAAAAUCAAAUUUCCAUGCACAACUGAAUGGUUUGCUUGCAAACCACCACAGCCAGAGGAUAUCAGAGCCAGGUUCUCAAGCCACCAAUAUUUAUGAGUCUUCUCUUAUAAAACCUGCUCCAUCUCUACCAGCUCUCCGAGAGCCAACCUCGCAAGACGAAGAGGAAAACAUCUACGAGGUCCAUCUCCCUGUUCCUGAGGAUUUCCCUAAAAAAACAAUUGUAAUAAGCGACCUGCUGAGGUUCUCUGAAAGCAACGCCAGCGCAUCGAACGCCGCGCCCGCCGUCGUGGUUGACAAACUGGGCCCGGACGACACGCCGCCCGCCCGUCCCCCGAAAACUCACAUGCUGGCGGGAAACCUACCCCCAUGCAGACCUGCUCCACCUCCGCCACUAUCGCCGUCCUCAAAGAGAGAACCCCGGAAGCUCAGCAAUGUUUCUUUAAACCAAACAGGAGAGGAGAAUGGAGGGAUGGAAGAAAGGGAGGACAAAGAACCGAGGAAGUUUUCGUUCAAAUUGGAGUCUCACCUCCAGAACGAGCCUCUGUAUCAGAUGUACCGCAAAACCGUGAUCUCAAAGGAGAUCCAUCGGCAGACCGUGAACCGCAACACCAGCAAAGGCAGUUACGACUACCCCCUGGACUGGAUGGCCAACCGCAACCGGAAAGGGUCUGACGCCUCGGCUUUUAGCGAAGACGGCAACAGCAGCACUCUGUGGCAGGAGCUCCCUGAAGUACGGGAGAGCGGCGUGCUGGAGCAGCUCUCCGCCAAAGAUAUCAAGUACCAGGAGAGCAUGUUUGAGGUUCUGACCUCGGAGGCCUCUUACCUGCGAUCCCUCCGCAUUCUGACCGAACUUUUCGUGGAGAGCCGGGAGCUGAACGAGACCUUGGUCAUCAUGGACAAGAAGACCCUCUUCUCCAACAUCCUGAAGGUUCGCGAGGUCAGCGAGAGGUUCUUGAAAGACCUGGAGGACCACAUCUUUAAGGACAUCGUCUUCACGGACAUCUGUGGCAUAAUCCACUACCACGCUCAGCACAACUUUCCCGCCUACAUCGACUACGUUCGCAACCAGAUCUACCAAGAGAAGACUUUCACUGAGCUCAAGAAGAUCAACACACAGUUCGCCAACGUGAUCAAACAUCUGCAAGAGUCGCCUCAGUGCCAGCGGCUGCCCUUCGUCUCCUUCUUGCUGCUCCCCUUCCAGCGAAUAACUCGCAUCAAAAUGCUGAUUGAGAACAUCCUGAAGAGAACAAAGCAGGGGACGAAAGAGGAGCAGGAGGCCAUCAAGGCUUUGGAUUCAGUCUCGAAGAUUAUCGACAAGUGUAACACGGAGGUGGGGAAGAUGAGGCAGGUGGAGGAGUUGGUUCAUCUCUCGAACAUGCUGGAUUUUGAUAAUAAAGUCAAGGCCAUCCCGAUCAUCUCAGAGACUCGAUUUCUGGAGAAGAAAGGUGAGCUUCUGGAGAUGUCCAGAGGAAAAACCAUCGUGAACAUGAGGAUGAAGUUCAGCCCUGUAAACCUCUUCCUUUUCAAUGAUCUGCUCGUCAUCGCUGUCAAGAAAAGCGGAGAGCGUUUUAUGGUGGCGGACUACGCUCACCGCUCUCUAGUGCAGGUCCAGCCGAAUGCUGAAGACAGCGUCUAUGAGAACAGCUUCGUCCUCGUCAUCCUGGAAAACCACCAGGGACGUGCGAUUGAGCGUUUCCUCAAAGCUCCUUCCAAGUCGGACAAGCAGCGAUGGCUGGCAGCUUUCCCAGACUCCACUACCCAAGAUGACGAGGAAAAGGUUUAUGAGGACUUCGAUUGUCCUCAGGUGCAGUGUGUGGAGCAGUACGAYGCAGAGCAAGCAGACGAGCUCAGCCUGGAGCCCGCUGAGAUCGUCAACGUCAUCCGCAAAACCAACGAGGGCUGGUAUGAAGGGAGCCGCUUGUCCGAUGGUCAGAAGGGUUGGUUCCCUGUAGCGAACGUCAUCGAGAUCACCAACGAGCACGUGCGCAGAAGGAACCUUCUGGAGCGCUACAGGGUCUCUCAGGCUGCGAGCUUCCUCAGCAAGACCCGCUGAGACCGACGAUGUAACCCAUCGCCUGGAGCAUGACGAGGCUUCUUUUGAAAAAACACCUGUAAUUAAAUCCUUUUAAAGUGGAUGCUGAGAAAUACCCGACGCGUCCACAUUUUUCCUGUCAGGGACGCUGUAAAAUGCACAUUCCGGUCAUUCCAGUCAUGGUUUGGGAGGUACUGUAAGCACUGCAGGUUGGAUGGGAUGCCGUGCAGGAUCGUCCUCAAUAACUGGCCUCACAGAGGUGAUCAGAGUCACAAUGAACCUGUGAGCAGAGGUCUGUCGUUCAAACACUCAGAUCUAAAUCAGCCAGAGAGUGACUUUGGUUUACGUCAGGUCAUUUUAACAUAAAAAUAUUUACAACA